UUUCGUGAGAUGCAUCUCCUCGAAAAUUUGUGGUGGGCAGAGGGGUACAAUAAAGCUAGUCUGAAUCAGGCCUAGAACCAAAAUCAGCUGAUGCGGGAAAAUCGAGAUAUCGAAAUCUAAAGUUUACGAAGGUCGAUUUAACGGGUAAACGCUCCUAGAAGUCCACGACUUAGUUCCCUCUUCAAUAUGAAGACAUCAUGGCUUCCUGCAAGCCUAAGGGAAGGUCUUAGAUGUGCCUCUUCCACCCAAUCAACCAUCCCAAGAUCACUACUCCGAAAUCGAAUUCCUCUUUCCUCGCCCUCGAAAUCCUUCACAACCACUUCACAACUUCGAGACAGCAUUGCGGCCCCAGAAAUAAACUUUCCAGAUGAGGGAGGAAGAGGGGAAAACGGUUCGCAAGAGUCACCGAAAUUCUUCGCGCGUCUAGUUCCAUACUCGCCAUCAUAUUUCACGGCCCAGCCAUCAUAUACCGACAAUCUUCUACAAUUGCAAAACCUCCUACUCAAAUACUCGAAACUUCCUGUUGUGCAACCAGGAGAGGCGCCGCGUGUGGCAUGGAGGUCUCUUAUGGAAUAUAGAGAUCAGACUGGAGAGGGAGUACGGUCAUCAAAAUAUCAUAAGAUUGUGGAGACACUACAUCGACUAAAUCACAUCCAUCCAUCAGUGAUGCCCCCAGAUGUGAAGGAGGCUAUGGACAGGUACAAACGAGAUGUAAACCCGCAUGAGAAUGUCGCAAAGCCUAUACCCAUCGAUCAAUAUGGACGAGCACUAGGAGUCGGAAGGAGGAAAUCGUCUACGGCGAGAGCUUACUUGGUAGAGGGUACGGGGGAAGUACUUAUUAAUGGGAAAACACUCGCGGAGGCCUUUGGUAGACAUCAUGACAGAGAAAGUGCUAUCUGGGCUUUGAAGGCUACGGAUCGGAUUGAUAAGUACAAUCUUUGGGCCCUGGUUAGUGGAGGUGGAACUACAGGGCAAGCAGAAGCUUUGACGUUGGCAGUGGGGAAGGCUUUACUUUCACACGAACCGGCUUUGAAGCCUGCGUUACGAAGAGCCGGAUGUGUAACUCGUGAUCCAAGAAAAGUGGAGAGAAAGAAGCCAGGUCAUGUCAAGGCCAGAAAGAUGCCUGCCUGGGUCAAGAGAUAGUUGUAUAUGUAUUUCAUUGUAUCAAUACAUAUGGUGUUUGGGUUUCCGAUGGCUUUAUUAUGGGCUUGAGACUCAUUAUGUAAGAAACAUGAGAAUUGAAUAAAUACCUAGUUAUAUUCGAAGAUACAUACUUCAAACACCAACAUCAUCAGGCACUUCAGUAGCCCCGAUUUUGAGCAAGUCAGCUUGAUGGGUAUGCAUACCAAAUCAUAAACCAGUCCAAUACAAUAUCAACCUUUCACAUAGUGUGCAGUCCACAAAAUAGCAAGUGCAGCCAUACUACCAGGA